UGCUCCCUAUUCCAGCAGGGAGUCAGACCUGUUCACCCUCUGGGUGACUCUGGGGUUGCUGGUGCUGGGAUGCCUCCAUCUCAUCCCUUCUGGGUUCCAACAGACUGCAUCCCCUGAGGUGUCCAUCUGUGUACAUUCUGGUUGGGUUCUUGAGUCACCAUGGAUAUAAUGAGGGAUGCAAAGCCAUGGAAGCUGCCCCCCGCGCUGGACAAGUACAAGAGCACGUAUCGGAAGGACUUCGGCUGGCACGGCGAUUAUCACUCACCCACCCAGGCACACGUACCGAAACCUUCAUUCCCUCCUGUUCCAGAAGUAUCCAAGUGCUACCUUCCAGAGUGCUACGCCUCUGACCUGACACCAGGACGGGUGGGGAAACUGGAGAUUCUUGCUGAGCCUAUGCACGACCUGUCUUGUUGCCCGUCCAUUCCUCCUCUGUCAGCUAGAACUGAAGAGGCGUUGGUGCCGAAGCAACUGCCGUCCACGGGCUUGGUCACCUACCAGCAAUUCGCCCAGGAUUUGUACCUGGAAGGGCUGCACAAUGCUGAUAAAUACAAAACCAAGAACACGAGCUCAUCUGUUUUAAUGAGAGACUACUCUGACCUCGACUGGAAAAGUACCUACAAGCAAGAUUUUGAGCACUGGAAAGGAGUCCGUGGUGCGCUCUACACAGAGGAGAUAAGGCCUUCUCCCGUUUUCCCUGAAGAUAACCGCUUCAAUGAGAGCCGCUGGGUUUCUGAGUAUGCAGACAGCUACAGCAUCUUCCUGAAGAGGCUGGACUGGUCAUCUCCCAUCUCUGCACAAUGGCUGCCCUUUGGGAAGGAUGCACGAUGGACACCGCGAUGGAGAGAGUCCAGUCACUGAGUGGUGCUAGGGUGGCUGUGCUCUUUGGCGCUCCAAGCUGUGUGAUAUUGUUCAUCAGAGACCCUGAAAGCCUUGGAAACCUCAUCUCUACCAAACCUACCACCAUGUCUAUCAGAUGUGAAAAGUUUGCCAAAGACCUCCUUAAGUACAAAUUAUGAUUAAAAUCUCCCAAGAACCUCA